UAGUAUUUGUUAAAUUUUGCUGGUAAAGUUUGAUGAGCAGGAAAACAUGUUACGGCUUGCUGCUCUCUCACUGCCCGCAUUCCAAUUCCCAUACCCUUUAAAUUCCACAACAAUUCCUCUAUCUAUUCCCGCCCAACAAUAUACCCACCUCAAUUCUUUCUCUUCUUCUUCGCUCCUCAAAACCCAAACCCAAAUCCCCAAAAGACCCAUCAGAUUCGUAGCGCUCGCAAACAACAACAACAACAAUGGUUUGAACCAGGAGAAGGAAGAGGAAAAAGAGAAAGAACAAGGAAUUGGGUCCAACGGCGGCGGAGAUGGGUCGGGGAAGAAUCAGCGGUCUAUAUUCAGCAACAUCAGGUGGGGCGAUCUGCUGCUGGACCCAGAUCCUAACAACAUCUUGGCCGUCGGAUUGACGGGGAUACUGACAUGGGCAAGCGUGCAGGUUCUGUGGCAGCUCUUGUUCAUCUCGUUGGCUAUACUCGUUGCUGCUGUUAAGUAUUCCUUCAUUGCUGCUGUUCUUCUUUUCAUUCUCAUUACCCUACUUUAAUGUGACCCUUGCUUACCCAAAACCUUAAACUUGUGAUACAGAAAUUCCUUAUAUAUAGUUUAGAAUAUGUAAUUUAUAUACUGAAGCUUUGAAGGCUGGUAGAUUGUUAUGUAAAUGCAAUUUCUGCUGUAGUUAGAAUCUGAGAUGUGCAAGUUUAUCUUGAAAUGAAAUUUUCAUGUAAUUGCAGAUUAUAGUUACAGUUUCUUGUA